AUGGCCGACGCUGAAGAGAAAUGGCGCAAAUGCGCAUUUUGCGAGCGACGGUUCACGAAGGUCGAACACCUCAAGCGACAUCAGAGAUCACACACUGGAGAAAAGCCGUUCAAAUGCCCUAAGUGCGAUCAACGAUAUGCGCGAAGUGACGUUCUGGCAAGACAUAUACAGAACCACCCAAGGAGAAUGUACCGAAGCAGAGUGACCAAGCCGGUUCCCAUUACAGGGACCAACCAGCAAUCAACUUCGACUUCUGUAGACGAUAUCCAACGAGAUAGAAAUUCGCAACAAGCAGGAAUAGUAGCACCUCUCACAGCCAUCAAUAACCCAGACAGUGAUGCGGGAGUGCAGGACAACACAUCAUCUACCAGCAAUUCUCCGGUUGAUGCGAUCUAUGAACAUAUAUCAACCUCAAAUAUUGUUCUCCCCGUGGAUGAAUGGCUUUCAGCUCCAACGAAACGGGUUAAUGGCAAGGGCGAACGCUUAUUCGUCCCCCAACAGAUGGAAGAAUCCAAUGCUUGUCAUCGUCCUGUAGCAGAGGACUCCCCAAACUACGACUCUUCUUCAUUCAGACACUAUGCUCCACUUCUGGAUCAGUCGAUAGUCCACUCCCUGGCCAUUAUCUACUACAUUGUACCCUUGCUACGACCUCAGUGA